AUGUGGAACAUACUGAAUAUUGUGUGUUUUUUGACGAUUUACGUCACUGGAAAAACAGGUAAAGCUGAACAUCAGGGAUAUUUGGUCAAAUUUUUGAGCCUGACUUUACAACCCAAAUGUUGUUCAUAUCGUAAGCGAUGACCGGUAUUAUUUGAUGUUUUUCCAGCCGUCGGACGAUACUAUAGACGUCUUAAAUCACGGGAGGGCCAAGCCGAUCGAUGUCCAACUCCGCGACUAGUGCCAAUUUUAUUUAAAAAAUACUGUAAGAGUUUAACGCCGUGUGAGAAUGAUAAAGGGUGCAGGAAGCCAAAGUGGAUCUGUGAGUGCCAUGAACACUGCGGCAGAGUUUGCAUAGAUCCAAGUAAGUAAUAACUUUCAGUUUUGUAAAACUUUGCGGUCGGUUGAUCUACACAUCGGUGAUGUAUUUCGAACCGGCGUAUUUUUCUAGCAUCGACGUUCUACGUGCAGUCGUCAAGAGAUCGCAUCUACGCAGCCGGGUAGAAGAAACUCGUAUAUGACACAGUCCACCUUCGUCUUACCUGCUGACCGAGAUGAAAUUGCUUGAUAUUUUAUCGACGUAAACGUCGAGUGAAACCCUCACAUACCCAAUCAUUAAGACGUCGGGUCAUUUCAAUCUGUUCUGCAAUCGAUUUAAUCUAGCGAAUAAUUUCCUUUGCAAACCAAGAAACGCGAAAUUAAUGAACGUGAUUAUGAAUUUAUUUUCAUAGAUCGUCGUUUCACUUGUGCGAUACGGAAGGCCCUGUUCGGUAUAUACAUCAAAUGGAGAGACAUUUCAUAUAGCUCAGUUAAUUCCAUGUACGCCUUCAUUUCAUUUGCGUAAUUUUGAAAAAUAACCUGGCGGCUUUUGCCCUCUGUCAUAUGCUAGUUUUCUGGUAGUCUCUCGCACAGGUUCUGAGCUUAGAAAAAAUGUCUUUCUUUUUUUUUUUCUUUUCCGAGAUAAUUAUAACCCACGAGAUAGUUUUACCUGAUCUGUUGCGAUUCAAUGAAUGGAUCAAUCAAUCAAUGAAACUGGUUUAAGUCUUACUUUAAUUUUGCUUCUUUCGCUUUAAAAUACACCUGUUUAUCUUCCGCAUUGAUGGGUUUUCGAUUCUAUUUUGCACCAAUAGCCUAAAGCCAUAUGCGCCGAUUAAUUCCCACUCGAUAUCUGCCAAUUAUAUCAUGGCCAACUUUUGAAAGCUACUACCUACAAAACUCACCCACCAGAUCUACUGGAAGCGAGGUCUGGUUUGUAAAGGCCAUUAGGACCUUUUUUUCUGCUCUAUUAAAAAAAAAAAUCAUCCAUAGUGUACAGAAUAUUAAGGCUUAUGUGACUCUUGAUCUUAUAGUCAGAAAAUGCUCGAAAAUGAUCACUGAUUCCGCUUGUCGAUUACUACUCAAUACGUGGUAGCCGGUUCCCGCGAAUUCUCUUGUUAUCAACAGCUGUUCCUGAAUCAAUGGUCCCCCUCCAAGACUAUGGGAUAUUUAAAUUUGUUUGUGUGGAGAGAGGCGCCCCUUCGCUGCGCCUCAAAGGCGUGCUCAGUCGUUUAAAACAAGCCUUUUGUAACGUUUUGACGUAAAACCAGCUUAAAUCUGACGUUUGGCACGUGUCUGCACGCUUGUGUUUGAAUAGUAUGCAUAUAUUUCGCUUACGAUGGCUUCCACAAUAAAUUCAAUUUUAGUCAAUGACCAAUGUUCGCAUUAUUUAUCAGUGUGAUUUUUUUUAAGCGAGGCCGGCGACCGCAGGUUUUUAUACAAACUGUUUUUAUAGUUAUACCAAUUUUCUAACCAGCUUCGUUAUAAUUUGUACUAGCCAGUGUGGCUGAUUUAAAGGCCAAUUUUGACGUUCGCGCUAAAUACCAUUUUAUUAACUCUAUUUGUCAAAUAACCGUAUAUUCUUUGAAAGACAAAACCCCUCUGCCUAUUCGAGCAUGUGUUUCUUUGGAAAUUUGAAAAAGAAAAACUUCUUUCUUUAGCAAUAUAUCCUAUGGAAACCAUUGUGAACACUGUGAAAAGAAUCAGGUACGUUCUAUGCGAUCUAAUUUACCGGAACAAAAGGCAUUUGUAGUUGAUUUGCAAGCUUCGUUAGAUUUGAAGUUUGUCAGGCCGCUUUAAUAACAAGAUUUUUUUAAAGUAAACACAGUACAUGAGACUUUCCAGUAGUAUCAUAGAUGAAGUUCAAUUUUCCGUCUCCGUAAAACUGAGCUGACGCUUAUAAAUAAAAGCAGCUAAUUUUGAUUUUUGCUUUUCUUUAAUACGUUACUUAAAUGAAUAUUCCAUCGUAAUUACUUUCGAUCGAAAAUCUUGAUGCGCUCGACGACCUCACGCAGCAGUGUGGCUUCUUAAAAACUGCAAGCUCCUGUGACAUCUUUCAAAAAUACAUUUCUUUUGCAUAAGUCAAGCGAGAAGAUAUGUGCCAUAUGAAGACCAAUUAUUUACUUCAUUUGAUCUCAGAGUUGUAAUUUGAAAGAAGUGGGGAAAAAGCAUUGUACUAACAUAUUCAUGGAUCAAAAAUGUUUACCGAUGGGGUGCGAUGUGUUUGCAUAAAAAUGAAAACAGCCAGAGUCUUUAAUGAGAAACGCUUUUCAGAAAAUUGAAAGCCGUUAUUAAAAAGGACUAGGCAUUGUUCCAAUUAUAGACGAAUUGUCAUGGAAUUGAGCUGAGCUCUAUAUAAAAAAGAAAGAAUUAAAAUAACGCUGAGCUCGCGCGUAGAAUUACGCAGACAGACUUUCCUUCGCGCUUUAAAAAUCUUCGAAUUAAAUUUGUCCGUGCUGUGUUCUCCUGGUGGGGAAAUAAUAUUAAGUGCGGAGAACACUGUGAGAGAUCAGAAUGAAUUAUUAUCUGAUGCAGAGAGAAUGGGCCUUGUAGCAUUCAUUGUUAACCAACUUGUUAAGGCGCGUUUUCGAGGUGUGCCUAAUUUCCAUAAAAAUCACUGGAGCACAAAGGGAACAUUUCUUGAGUAACGUUUCGUUUAUUUGGAUCUUACUUUCUCCAAUUUUCCUUCAAGGGCUUGCCGGCAUAAGCUUUCUUCUAGAAGCUUUUAUGGAUUCUCUAUUCCAUAAAACUUGGAGUAUCUCAUAUUUCGCUCUUAAAUUGGUAUAAGAUGUUUAGCAUCGCUGAAAAUCUCUGAGUUUCUUUCCGCUUUAUUCAUUAGCGAGACCUGUAGGAUCAUUUACAUAAUGGGAUGUAUCUCGUGCGAGUUUUAGUCUGUUUAGAUCAACAAAUCGAUGGAGUCUAGUUGCGAAAAGGUAAAUAAUUGGAACAGGGUGGAUCUAGUAAGGAAAAUAUUUAUUCACGGCGCAGGAUUUCUUUUUUUAAGAAUAUGGCUAUUUGUUUUCUUUGCCUCGACUGAAAAAUUAGGGUUUGCACUCAUAAUCCUUUUCUUUUCGCCUCUAAUUCAAACUCUUCCGAAUUAAUUAACUUUUGUGGAACAUGCCGGCUUCUGUUUUGGAUAAGACUGAAGUCUUUUUUAUAAUUAUCAAAUUAGCUUUGGAAUUUAAGACUCGAAAAUAGGUCGCCCAGACUGCGCAAGAUUUGAUUUUACUGAGAUAAAACUGUAUCUCUCAGUCAGGAAAAUAAAAAACUUCACUAGAGCAAGAGGUCAAAUGAAAUUGCUCUUUAUAGUGUGCUACAAAAUCAAGUUGCAGAUAUUGCCAUAAACUUGUUUACACUUCUUGUGAAAUCGGCUCCUCAAUUUAUCUGUUACAGCUUAUUUCACUUUCGAACCGUCUCAAAUCACUAGGCAUGUUUCAAUUACAUACUUCCUGUCUUUCUCGGGGUACACCCGAAGACAAAGGAGUUUUUUUAUUCCAAGUUAUUAUCAUGACCCACAUGUUAUAUUCCACGUGGCAAGGUAUUGCAGUAUAAUUUACACCAUCUCGUUUAGUUUUAUCAUUGUUUUCCUACUGAAACCCGCCAAAUUACCCACUUUUUCUUAAAGUUGGCUUCAGAGCAUGGCACACGAAUGAGUACUCAAAUGGAUUAACAAAGACAUUUUACGGCCUAAAUUUGGAAAGAUCUCGUCAUGUAGAGAUAACCUUGAGAGUCAAAAUAUCUUAUCAGCCCAAAUUCAGGACACUAAAAUAUUCUCGUACUGUAAGCGUAUUUAAUCUGUAGUAGCUUGAAUCGACAAUGUGGCUAUGUCUUUCAUUGACUUAAGGACACUGUAACUCAAAAACAUUUGGAGGAGCCUUAUUUCUUGCACAUAUUUUGAAUGUUUGUGCAAAUUGGUCUUUGCUUCAAGAGUUGAAAUUCUUGAUUUUUCGAAAGGAAGGCUUUACAGGAAAGGUUCGUGUGAAGACUAAAGAAAGUUGUAACGUAAAUUACUAUCGUAAGGCCUCACAAAAUCAUUCGGAUUCUUUCACAUGUACACAGAAUAUAUCCUGUAACUUUUGGGGGUUGCUGUUCGAAUCUACGCCUUUCUUCGCGGUUGCAAGUAUUUUCUUUAGUUAUUUAUCUACUUUUUUUCAUAUUUACUGUCCGCAUCUGAUUUUUUCUUCUGGACGUUUAACAAUAAAUGAGAACAGACUCGCUUACUAUACAUUCACCUGGAGCUAGAGAGCGAUAAUUGUCUUAGUUCUCUUUAUCAGUCUCUUAUCAGUCUAGUCCAAGAUUUAGUUGUACAAUCUAAUUACUUGUAUUAAUUGAAUUCAAUAAAUAGCUUUGUUGGCGAUAGAGUUACUUUUAGUUUACGCUUAGAAGCUAAGCUUUUACAGAUAAAUAUCUCUGAAUUCCUCGUCUGUGUUUUGAAAGAAUAUAGUCGGGAAAGACUGAUUACGGGAUUUCCGUUUUUCUUUUUUAAUUUUGGCUUCAUAGUUGGAAAGUAUCAGAUAGCACCAGCGAAAGUAAUGAAGCUUCCAAAAAUCAACAUGUGCGCUCCUCAGGAAGUGUUUGAGGAGAAAAAAGAAAAAAUGAAUUAAACCAAACGAAGUGAUCUAGUCAUGCUAAAACGUAUAAGUUAGCGAGGUUCGAAUGGUAAAUUACUUUUAAAAAGUGCGCCACCCGUUUUCUCGUCCACUGAAAGUACUUAAUUUUUGACAAACCUCAAAUUGUUUUUAGCCUCAUUAGGCAGCGACCUUUGGAAUCAAAAAAUUAAUCCCAGUGAUGAUAUCUUUAAAACUGAAAGAUGAACCGUGAAAGAUUUCCAUUGGACGGUUUUCCAGAAAUAAACAAUCUUCGCUGGUGGGAAAAUAGAAUUAAGCUGGAACUCGGGGAAGAAAGGAAAUACCUUUAUGUGAUUAAACUAGAUAGAAACAAGAUUUCUUUGUCACUAUGAGGACGUCGUAAAUGCUGCCAGCUAAAUGUCGAAGAACCGUUCUAUUUUUAAAACGUUGUUCCAUUUUUGAUUUCCACUGACCUCUGUUGCCUUACACGGUCAAGGCGUAAAUAUUAAUGCCUCUUCGUGGAUUUAAUGACAUCUAAAUGUACUAUAUAUCCGUUUACGGUAUUCCUUUGGAAUCUGAUGAAUGUUGACAAAACUUUUAAGUCCAUGCAGUAAUAAGCACUCUAAUGUGGUCAUAUGUCUGAUCAGGAGUGAACCUUUACCAGUGAAACGAACAAUAACCCCAUGAACAGUUUGUAAAGGGAAUUAAAAAACCCACGUUUUCCGAUGACUAUCAAAGGUCUCUGUUAGGACUCUCCAUUUCGUGACGGUUUUGGCUCUAAAAGGCUACGCUGUAAUCGUUUUUCGCGAAGGAAUAAAACACAUCUUGGAAUGAGAAAGAUGGGAAUGAAAUAAAAAUUUUUUUUUUUUGCGGCUAGUCACGAGUGUGGUCAAAGGAGAACAUUCUGAGUCCUCAUGAGGAAUCGAACCUCAGAUCUUAGGAUUCCGCGCUUUGAUGCGGAGUCCAAAGGUCUGAGGUCUUAAUUCUAUCGGCUCACACGAAGCUUUCGACAAUGUUGAUUGGAACAGUAUGCGACAAGCCUGCCACAUCUGAACUUUAUUAAGGCCUGGCUCAUCACUGAGUCGCUGUGACUUAGUUUAAAGAGCAGUGGGAGCGCGGAAUGCGACAGGUUGAGAUUUGAUGCCCCAUAAACACACCUUUUUAUACUACUAAUCAAAACAAGAACCUAUUGAUUGCGGCCUUCUAAUUACAGAAUUAACUAAGCAUUGAAAGAUUUCCACGCUGAUGGCUCUUUAUUGUAAAUCCCUAAUAAAGAUAACAACAGAGUUCACAAUUGUUAUCUAUCCAGUCAUUUGACCACACCCACCAUAACACCGACCACCCCUUUAUUGCCGCCGCUGUUUUCAUAGUUUUCUUAAUAUAGUCUUAUUGGCGACUGACUCUCAGAGCAACGGAAAAUGGUGAAGUGAAUUCUGUAGUGCCAAGGUUAAUAGGGUUUGCAAAAUAGGAAAAUAACUUAAAUAAAGGCAAGCAGUCUCCCUCCCUUGUGCAAACAGAAGAUAACAGCAGGCAAACAAAUUAAGAGGCAGUCAUUAUUUAUCAUCUGAAAGAUGGCGGGAAGGGGGGGGGUUGUCCGGGGGACUUUGAGUAUGGAUCAGAUGGUUUCCAGGGGGAAUGGUUGGAGGUCAGUCGUCGCUAAAAGUGUUUAAGGGAGAAUUAUAGAAUUGACGGCCAAUGAGGCGGGAUCAUUGGAAGCCUUGUUAGGGGAUUAGGUAAAUGUUGCUGUGACAUAGCCAAAAUCCUCCGAACUCGUACGUACACCCCCUGCAAUAAACAACGACUGGUCCCUAGGGGUUUGGGGGCCAGCUUACCAUAACCUAAAGGGGCUCAUUUGACGUUAUCGUUCCUACAGCAACACCGUACACAAAACUGCUAGCACAACAGCCUCCAUUUCGUGACCCAGAUGAUUUUUCAUAAGAUAUUGCUCACUAACAGAAAUAGAACACACAUCAUUCAGUGACCACAUUAGGUGUCUCCCUCAAAUAUGUAGGGUUUUUUGCUCAAGUUCCGUGGGAAACCAAAAUGGAAGACGACAGUGAAAUUCUAAAUCGGCUACGCAAGUUUCAAUAUUCCAUCAGUUUUACUGUAAAAUAUCGGAACUAGUCGAAAACUUUGUUGCGUGUGCUUCUGUGAGCACAAUGUUCCGUUUUUGAAAUUGAUGAUCACCACACCUAAGAGCCACUUUUAGAAGAAUUUUUACAAAUGGUCUCCCAAAUAGGGUCUAGAUUUGCAAUUAAAAAAUUACCCAAAAGUUCCGGCUAAAUUAAUUCGCGUUUUUUUUAAUGGAAAUUAGUCAGCACUUAUAUUGUGAACAAGGCGCAAGACAUGCACAGGAAGGGAAUUCUAAAGGAAGGCCAAGGAGACAUUAAGAUUUCACCUCUAUACUCACCAUAAAUAUAAACACAUAUGACCUAUGCCCCUCAGAUUUUACCAGAAUGUGACGUUAAAAACCCAACUGUUUUGAUUGAUUGGUCCUUACGCUAAAGAGGCUUCUGUGGUUUGAAUUGGCUUUUUUUUUACGUUCGUGGUCUUUGCGCUCUUCUCAGUAUUGGUAAUGCUAAGUUCGAGUUUGUUGUUCUCGUAACUAAGUAGGUCCAUAAAUACUGUAUAUUUCAAGAUUUUACAAGUGCAUGUUUAAGGUAAACUAAUGUUAACAAGUUUAUUGUCGAGGCUUAGAAUAAGAUCUAACAGAAAGUCUAUUAAUUGUGAUGAUAAACAAAUGAGCAAUAAAGGUAAUAAGCGGCAUAAUUACUCUAAUAAACUCUUAAUGGUGCGUAAUUGUUUCUCAUUUUUUUUUCUGGUAACAGUCGAUAGAGUUUCAGAGUAUCACUCCAGUUCAGCGACUUAGCAAAAAGAGCCUUCUAGUCUUUGAGUUCCGUCAUAAACUUACUGCAGAUUACCUCACAAACCCACUAAUGAUGUGACAAAACCACAUCUAGAGGGUGAUUUUUUUUUCAUUUAAAAGACUGCGGUUGUUCAAUAGAAGUUACUUAAAACAAGGGCACUAUCCAUCAUUGACAAUCCAUCAAUAUAUCAGCUUAUAUUCGGCAGCGGCUAAAAGGGAUACCCUAUUCUAUUCCUCUUCAAUAGAACAAUAGCCGACGAUGCGAUUAUGAAUAAAUCCAUUGAAAAGACACGCUAGCGGCAAUAAAGAAAGUAAACAAAAGCUUAGCAAGAUUGUAAAAAAUGUUACAUCAAACAUCAGGCCAUUUUGCAAGAAUAAUCUCUAAAAUGAAAAGAAAAGCUUUUUUUCAGUUGGAAAUUGGAAUAACAGCUUGCGUCAUGCACUUAAACGGUCUCUUUUGGACCUCUGGGUAUUAAUCAUAAACAAACAAUAUUAACACCACAAAGGCAUGCGAAAGGACGGCACGAAAGCGAUCGAGGAUAAUUUCCCGCCGCGGCUAUAUAAACAGAAUCUUUUUAUUUAAGAUCAAAGAGGUUACCGAUCUUUGCUGUAGUCAAAAUUAUAUAAUGAACGAAUCUUAAACAAACAAGAACCAUUGCAACGUGGCUACAACGGCAAACCUAUCAAAAAUGUGAAGGGAAAAAGUCAGAAAAAAAGCACCAGAAACACUCGUGACGCUUGAGCGCAUUUUAAAUAAAGGGGCUGUCGAGUCGAUUGUUUGCCAGAAUUGAGGUAUUUUGUGUUUUGUUUCGCCACCUGCCGUCAUCGAAGGGAAACGAAUCGGUGAAUAACUUGAAUAUAGAACAAGUACAUUUGAUCACGCCCUUACUUUAAUUGUCUGCAACGGAAAACAGCCGCUCGGCAGCGACUGAAUCAAGUCAUGGUGGUAAAUAUGAAAGCUUAACGGACUACGCCAACAUACCGCACGCGGAAAAAUCUCUUUGAAAAACUUAGUUCGAACUAAUGAGGCGUUGACUAUCCGAUUUAACAAAUGGUUUUCCUUUUGGCACCUAGGUAAAAGAUUAAAGAAAAAAUAUAAACUACAAUCAUUUCACCGGCUAAGAAAAUAAACUUAGUCGCUGUAAUUUCACUGUAGCUGGAGAAAUUUCUCGCCAGCUGGUAAUAAAAGCCACAUAGACUCUACGACUUAGCGCAUGAUCGCCUUGUUGGUUAACGAUUAAACCUGAGUUGUUUUGCCUUUGUUUGGCCUCACCUGUGCUAAGCUCAAAAGAACUUAUCACUGCAAUAGCCUUGGGAUUUUUAACAUUACUCUGAAUUUCGGAUGAAGAGAAAAGUUUUCCCCAACACUUAAAACAUACCUUUCUUCAGCAUGAUUCCACGAAAUGAACGAGUUCUCGAUGGAUUCGAGAAGAAUGGCUUUAAAUGACUGACAUCCAGGCCAUCCAUGCGAAUUGAAAUGGCCUCUUUAUGAUUAUUCAAGCCAGAGGAAGUCCCUUGAUGUAAAAAAGAAGCAAUUUGUGAGUUUUCAUCUUUCUUGAAGGCUAACAAGUUCCUCAGAAAAAGAAAAAGAGAACUGAGCUGCUUUUCAAUCGAACCGGGACCGGAUUUGUCAGUUUUCAGAAGCACGAGUACUGUACGAUGAGGUUUUAUUGUUUCACCUUCCCUUUCACCUGAUGGCCAUUUGUACACUUUUACGCUUUUGCCAUUUAGCUGGCUAAGGAUACAACGUGUUUAUCAUUCUGCAUUGUCAAGUUAAUUCCACCCGGAUUCAUUAGCCAGUAAAAAGGGACACUUGUACUCCCCGGAGAUAGAGAAAUUUUGUUUAUCGAAAGAACUCUGUGAUCUCCUAUUGGCCAAGAACGAGUAUUCUUUCAAAUGGUCAUGUGUUCCUUUGUUUGACGCACGAUGUCGUUUGUCGAAACACCUUUUGUGCCUCCAGAAAGCAACUUUAAGUCUUUUCUUUUUAUUUGAAACAACCGAAAAAGAUUCUCUCGAUCUAAAGAAGAAUACAGAUUUCAAUAAAUGACCAUCCCCUCACCUAUGUAAUUUAAUCAUUUCCGUUCCCCGGGCUAAACUCUCUAAAUUUUUUUUAAUAAAGGAGCAUGAUCGGGAAUGACAAUAUAAUAAGACAGGUCAUACCUUGAGAUGGUGAAAAGACCACCUAGUUUCCACUGUAGAAAUAGAAUCACGUUACGUCAAUACCUGAGACAACCGGGAACACAUGAAUUGAGACCGGCGGAAAUUAGUUCCUAGAACAAAGUACAACAAAAAGUUUAUUGAUCUUGUUAAUUGAUAACAGUCCAUUUCAAUUUUUUAGCCAUACAGAGAAUAGAUUGCGGCUAUUAUUUCAUGUACAAUCGUUUUGCAGCAUUCUAACGUGAUUUCUGCAUUCUAAGGGUGCAGACGUUCGGCCGAUCACUUAAGUGUCUUUCACAGUUGUUUUUACGGGUGGAUCAAGAUUAACAGAGCGAAGCACGUGUAUGCGUUUUUUUUUCUUUUUCUAUUUUUGAGUUCGGAAUCCAAAACACGUAGUUCGUGACAAACAUGUCACCAGUAAUAAUGUGGCAGUUAAACCACACGUGGCUUAAAGUCAGCUUACUUUAAGACGUAAGUCACAUGAAUAUAUUUAGGAGACUCCUUUUAUUCUGCAAAAUUGGCAUUUUAAAGUUGAGUAAUCAUGCAGAUGAAAUUCGCGGUCACGCCGUACCUCAAAUAUGGCAAAUUAGAAAAGAGUCAAUUUCGGUUACCGUUGCAACGUGAAAUGUUUUUUGUUUCUUUUUAUGGGUGAUAUUGCAGGAAUAUUGGAUUGUGUAAUCGAUUUUAUCAUUUCAUUUCUAUGAUGAUUCUCAUCGAAAAAAUAUCAGAGAUAUAUUAAAAGAUAGGAUAUGUGUGGUCUCCGUUGAAGCAAAUAAUAAAAAACUUUUCCUAGAGCGGUUGUAAGACUACUCCACUUGUUUAUUACAUUUUGUGCAAUCGCAAUACAUUUGUUCAUUUUUUUGUCUAUUUAUAUUUAAGAUCUCGCUUUGAACAAGCCCAAGCAUGUAUUUACAUUGUGUUACUACAAUAGACUUCAAACCAGCGCAGUUUUAUCUAAACUUUAUUGUUCCACAUCGCAACAUCAUUCAAUUUUAUAAACUUGCCAAGAUCUUAAUGUCAAUAUUGUUUUGGACACUAGAAUAUCGUUUGACUCUUUGUUUGCUUUUGGAGUCAUGUUAGUUUGCCUUAUUCGGUUUUUACUCUCAGCGACACAGAGGUUAAGUUAGUUUUCUUCCUUUUUUUCUGCGUUCGGCAUCCAGCGAAAAAUGCUUCUGUCAGCCGACAUUUAUCACUUGUGCCAAAGUGUAAUGAGUACAUUGUCAUUUUUAUUUCACCUUUCACUACCAACUCAUCAAUCAAAGGAAUAUAAACCGGAAAAAAGGUCUAUGUCUGCUUAGGACAUAUCCACCGCUACGCCAGAUUUGUUUGGGGAUGUUUUAGUUUUUUAUUUAGCGACAUUGUUGCGUCUACCUCAGCGAGCACUGUGCUAACAAUGACAGGUCUGAGGUUUUGUCGAACAAAAUUGAACGAAAUAUUCCAGUAACCAGAGGAAAAACUUGAAUCCUUCUUUCAUUUGCAUAGUUUGUAAUCGACAAUUUUUAGUUUACUCGAAACUGCAUUAUUUUGAACUUGAGAGAUAUUCGCACUUUUAAUGUUUAUCUUUGAAACGAAAUUUCGAUUUUUCAUUCUUGGCCUUCCGGGGCGACGAUGAAAGAUAACUUUUCCUUUCCACUUUUCAUCUUAUCUGAAAGCCGUGGGAAAAUUUCCGCUUUGGAUAUAUUAUAAGUUGCUAUGGAAACACUGUCACAGACACUUAACAAAGAGAGAUAACAAAAACGUAAUUAUUUUUUUAGAUUCAAAAACAAUCACAAAGUGAAGAAGGACUUGCAUUUGAAAUGGGUUCUUUUUUAGCACUGGGUUAUGAUGGACUUCUCUUGGACUCGAAGAGUAUAGAGAAUUAUUGUCUAGUUCGUUCUUCAUCAAAGGCCCUUAAAGUGUGGACGAUAUUGCCUCGAUCAGAAUAUUUUGUUUAUUACCCUAAAUGUAAUCUUCACUAUUAGCUUUUAUGCAAAUUAAACCAACUGGUAGUGAAAAUGCAGUUAAAUUUAUUGAGUCGACACAUCGUUAGACGUGUAGACAUCGAUAAGGCGUGAUUUACGCUUCCACUUCCAAAUCGGGUUUCUUUCCCACGUUUAGUAAUCGUUAUUGAAGUGAAAAGGGACUGGAGGGGCAGGUACAGUUCGUUGCACAGAUAACGCAAGCUGAUGUGAUAAUUGGGCAGUAAAUCAAUUAGAUGACCCUGAGACGACACCCGAAAUCACUACUACUCUAGGCAAAUGAAAGGAAGUGCCAUGUCAUUGGUCAAGCGGCGAUGGCGCUCUAUGAUUGGCCAGCUGCGCCACAAAGGAAAGAGCGCGACGCGCUUGUCAACUGUAGUGGAAAUCAGUGGCUCAUUGAAUAUGCAAAUUACUCAGUGGGUGCCCACUAGGGAGUUGAACGUACUGAAACCCUAUCGUCAGUACUGCGAUCGAUUCGUGGGAGAAUACUGUGCUUUUCACGGUUUGAUGUUUGAGUCUACCGAUGAAGCGCAAAAGUUGAUCAAAUUUGUCAGUAAUUGAACGCCAAGUUCGCAAUGAAGGGCUACGUAAUAGCGAUUGUCUCUGCCCUGUUCAUUCCGAUAGUGUUGGGUAAGUUGAAAAGUUAUUUUCCCGAAGUGCGUGCUUUGGGGCCAUAUUAUUAACCGUCGGAUGCCACUGUUGGAUAAAUGGCGUUUAAGAUCUAUCAUUGGAACUGUGGUUCGCUUGGGCGGAUUUCGCUACAUUGGUUUGGGAAACUCACAUUCGAUUCAAAAAGAAUCUUUCCUAUGUGCUGUGUACGGAAGGAAUCUAACGAGUAGAAGUGAUUUAAGAGACGGUUGGUUUCAAUAUUCGUGGGGCGCUUACUUCAUUAAGAUGUCCAAACUGCAAGCUAUAUUUACACCCCUCUUAGAUAAUUGCGUUCACCAUAUCUUAACCCUAAACAUAAAAAGCUGCCAUAGAUUGAAAGCUUAACUAGAAAUUUGCAAAAUGAUAGAGUUUGAGAGCCUAGUUCGUCUGACAGAACACCGGCAAGCGCUGUUUUGGCACUCAAUGAAAAUUAGGUUAAUCUUUUAUUGAGGAUGACGGCCCCUGUGGAAUUUGUCCGCAGAAUUAAGUUUCGUAAAUAUGUGACUAUAAAGUGCUGGCUGAGAUUGAUGAAAGCUGUUCAGUUUGCUAGUAGGGAUGUGCAUAACGAGCGAGUUUACACGGCGGAACAGCUGUCCUUGUUUCACCUUGUAACAUUCAAUCGUAUUGUUCUAAGUUCCACCUGGCUUUUCUCUGCUCAACUCCGGUCUUUGUUUGUCUCUUGCAGCCUCCACGUGUUAUGACGGAUAUUGCAAGAACGGUGGAACAUGUUCAGUUUUACAUGGGAACGCUAGUUGCAGGUAUGUUCUUUUCACUCAUUCAACAUGUCGCGUCAAAGUACGGCGGUUCGGUUUUUCAAUCGUUAUUGUGUUCCGCACGUGAAUUCUUGCCUGCGUAGUUUCCGCGCUAGUUAUCAGAGUAAUGUUUGUUUAGUAAGACAUAAAUUCAUGUCUUGUAAUCUCUCCGAAAGCUUAUUGCACGCUUAGUCAACUUUUCACAACAGCCGUUUUUUUAAUUUCGUCGUAGUUUGUGUCUAGUCAAAACGAAUCCCUCGCGCGUUCAACACCUAAAGAACAGCACGGCAUUCAGAUUGGUAAAUAAUGGCACAUAAACCACAAGCCUCCGCGCCACAGACUUAAUUGGCUUAUUCUUCUUUCAGAACGAAAUUCACUUUACUUCUGUGAAAAACCGCUAGACAUAUCAAUAGAAACACUUAAUGGAGUUUGUAUGGCGUGAAGCUAGCUGAUCAUAAAUUUCCUUGGCAUAAUCAAUAAUUCUGAGAGCUAGCAACGGUAGCGACACAUGUUUUGUGGGUAUUCUUAAACAGUCACUGGCAGCAAACACUAUGAAUUAUUGAGAAAGCUUAAGCAGAUGUUUUUAUUCAACAUAAAAUUGUCCUGAAUAAACGGUUUUUUAAGUGUAAUAAAUGAGUCAGUGUAUAUGAAAUUGGUGAUGAAAAGUUCAUUCGGAUACAUGUGACAGUCUGUUCACUUGCGCCGAAGUGCGAAUAGUAAAAUGUUUUUACUUCAUAGCGUCGACACGUUUUCUAAAGCUUGACCUAAUUAGUAGGGCUUUUAUGUUGAUGAACUCUCGAGACUCCUGCUUAUCUGCUAAAAGCUAGUUAAAACAUAGAGUAAAAACCGAUUGCGAUCGCACGCUAGCCGAUUUUUCAAAUGCUACUAGUGGAUUUGUUGUUCUGCUUAAGUUGACAGCGUAUUUGCGUGUUGAGUAAGGUUUUAUUGUGUAAAAUGAACCAAUUCUACCUUUAACCCAGAUUUAUAAUUUGAGCAUAAAAUAGUCUCCGUAGGGAUUAAGUCUUGAGUAAAAGGGCUCCAAAGAUUAGUGAGCUCAAAAUAGUUGUUUUGCACGAAUCUUGUAAGCGCGCACGCAGUGAAGUCGGAUAAUUAUUCAAAAGAUUUUGGCUAUUUGGCUGCCUGAGUAGAUAGUGAACACACGACCCCGACCCGCGUAUCAAUUUAGAACAAAGCGCAAACUUCUUGUAAAAGGAUACUGGAAACUUGAAACUAUAUUUCCCGCGUCCUUUAACAGAGUUUCAUCCGUCUUUCGUCACUCUAUUAUUUGUAUCGCUUGGUAAUUAGUUCGUAUUUGGUAGACGACAUAUUGCCUAACUUUUCUUGGCGUUUUUGAAUAAUCUUUAUUUACAUAGCCUCUGUCAUCCCCGGAAUGCAUGAUGUAGUUUUAAAGUAAAAAUCGACAGUCCUAAAGAGGUUCAUGAAUGUUUUCUUCCACAGUAAGAGCGGGCCAGAACAUGCCUGAAGUUUUGCGAAUAAAGGAGGUCAACCGAAUUUUUUUCCCCUCGUCGCGUUUGUCAAAUAUAACCUCAUACUCAACAAGAAAAGACAACUUAACAACAUUUUGACAAGUUUUACUGAUAGUUUAUAGAGAGCGCAAAUGUCUGAAAAUGUUCAAUUUCAUUUCAUCGCCGUUCCUUAAUUUAGCCGAAAUAGACGGACAACGCACAUAUUAUUGGCCAACAUUUUAUCAAAUUUUCUUGAUCGUGACUAAUUACAAUUGAUUACGAUUGGAAAUUUCUUCAGAUUAGUGAUUUAACGUUCGAUUAGGCCUUGGAAAUCAAACGUAAUUGAGUUAGCGCAAAUGUUUUUACCAAAUGAGACGUUUUCAAAGGCGAACGAUAGAUCGCGAACUAUAGAGUAGAGUUAUUCUCGAUAUUUGUUGCUGACAACAUCAAAAAGUUAUGCGAUAAAGUUCAGCCAUCAAGAAUAUUUGCCUGUGUGGUUGAACCUGGAUUGUUUCCUCUGAGUUUUGAAUCUGGCUUUCAUUGUUAAUUGUUUUAUCAGCAUUACAAAUUACAGCUGAAUGUUCGAAACAUUUCCUCUUUGCCAAUAAUGGUAAUAUUUCAAUAGACGUAAUGCGUUACGAUUAGGGCUAUUUGCCCAUUAAGUUUAUGAAAGAAUGUGCCUCUUUAAUGCUACUUGUGUACCCUAUUUUGUGGACAGACUUUUUGGAUGGGUAUAUGUUAAUUUGGUAGUAAUUUUUGAAUGGAAAAUAGAGCAUGUUUUAUUCAUUAAUUUGUGAAGCCUCAACAGGAGAUUGCGGUAGUAUGAAAGCAAGAGUUUGACCCUUUUAUGCAUGUACAGGAUUACAAAACCAAUCUGGAAUGUGCAUUAUAGCAAUUAAUGAAAACAUCCCAGGGGGUCUGUAGAGUUUAAACGCAGCAUUGUGACCAAAUCACCAGGUUUCUUCUUAUAUUAAAGAAGCCUUAUAUGUUUUUGUUUUUAGUAAACUAAAACAUAAUUGAAACAGGCCGCAUCAAACUAAAACACAAUAUGGCCAAAUGAUAAUGGACAUCCUUCUUUAGAAAUGGUGUGUCUGUCGAUGGGUGAGGCUAAGGUCCGGUUGCAUAUUCUCUAUACUGUACUUUGCACAUUUCUCAAGUUGCAGACAGGGAGAAUUUGUUUCACAAUCAACAGCUUUAAUUAGUGACCAUUUCCUUUUUUUUGGGUGACCUUUAUGCUUGUUUCAGGGGUGAUAUUGGAAAGAAACAUUAGAUGCUAGAUACUCUUGGUGGUCAUAGUUUUAAAUCUCAUUGCCAUUAAUUUAUCAUAUUCUUUUGCCAACUCUAGUUGAUGAAAAGUUGUUUUCCAUGAACCCAAUUUUUUCUUGCUAAUUUUUUCAAGAACUGAAAAAAAAAGGAGAGAAACUGAUUUGCCAUGUUGGUUUACAUGUAAAAGAAUUGAAACUGAAUAGUUUAUCCUGGAAGAGGACAUUUUUCUGUAAGAUAAUCUCUAAAGCAGCUUUUUGCCUAAUUUCCUCAUCACCAUAAGAAUAUCCAUUUUCAAUUUAUCCUUACCUAGUUACAAUCAUGAUGGAUUUAUUUAAUUUGAAUUUGGUAUCUUCAACUUGAUUUUUUUUUUAAAGGAAUUGAACAUUUCAGGUAGCUGUUGUCUUAAUUUAAAGAAUAUACAGUGAAAAUAUUUCACACAUUUUAGUGGUUAGCCUAAAGGUUUAUGUUUAUACAGUGAAGUUUCCUCAGUUCCAUCAAAAUAAAAGAUCUCAUGACCUUAGUACCUGUUACCUCUUUUCCAUGGGAAGGAAACCUCCUCUCAGGGGUGCUUUCUCUUGUUACAAGAGUAUCUCGUUAAAGAUAGGUCCAAUAAAUAUGACUGACCAAAAUAUAUUCUUCAUCAACAGUUGUCCUUCUAAUUUCUCUGGAAACCUGUGUGAAAAUGAUGUGGAUGAAUGCCAAGUGAAUAAUAAAUGCAAAAAUGGUGGAACUUGCGCAAAUAAUUUUGGUGGCUACAUUUGUAGUUGUAUAUUUGGUUGGGAUGGACCUGAAUGCACCAUCAAUAAGGAUGACUGUGUGCCCUCUGGUAAUGCCCCCUUGUGUUAUAAUGGUGGCACAUGCAUUGAUAAAGUUGGAAAAUAUGAUUGUCUCUGUCCUCCUGGAAAAAUGGGUUAGUAAAUAGUUUUAGUGUAGAGUUGGUACUGAUUGAGUCUGUGAUUCUGGCAAUAGUUUGUAAGACUUAAGACUAGUUUACCAGACCCUAAAAUAAAAAUAAAAUCUGUAUAUCUUAAAGUAUGUCUAGAUAUUUCUCUACUCUAUAAUUAGUGCUUGGUUACUUGUGGAAAUGAUGGUAAGGAUGUCAUGCACUGAAGAAAGUUUGAGUGAUAUAAUGAGGGAGAUUUCGAGAGUUGAAAUGUGUUAGAUUCAAAAGAGAGCUUUCUUUGUGUACCUGCUAAAGCCUGAACCUCUUCUAGUUAUCUUAUUGCACAUGUGCUCCAAUUAAUAUCAACUAGGUCCUGUGUGCCAACAUGAUGAUCAAUGUUAUCAUAAACCUUGUUAUGGAACUGCUUCUUGCUUUACUGAUGCAUUUGGAGCAUAUAGUUGCAUUUGUCCGAGAGGGUGGACUGGUAAGAAUUGCAGUAUUGACAUUGAUGAAUGCAGUUUGGAUUUGGUGUCACCUUGUCACCAUGGUGGUACAUGUGUCAACACUGAUGGAUCAUUUGAAUGCAGUUGUGUUGCUGGUUACAAAGGUAAAUAUCAUAGUACAGUCUGCAGAAUUAACUAGAUAGUAGCAAAGAAGUUUUCAAAAAGACUUAAGUUAAAAGGCUAAUUUUCAUGUCAAUGUCCUUAAGUAGAAGUUAUUGUAGGACUCUGAUAAUGACUUGAUAAUUGAUUGUCAAGAAGUCUUUUUUAAAGGCCACUUACAGAAUGCAUUACACAAGUGACAGGGCUUAUGUCAGCACAUUUCUUGACAAGAAAUAAGCUGACAUAAGACUGACAAGUAUGUGUAAAUUAAAUGUGCAACACCAGAAAUUGUAAUGUCUUCUUUGCAAUAAGUCUAAGAGGGUACAUCCUGUCUAAUAAGAUCUAAAGAAAGAUUGUAAGCUACAUGAAGUAACCAUUUUUUCACUUCUGUUGUCCUCUAGGUGAAAGAUGUGACAAAUUUAUAGAUGAGUGUGCUUCGAAUCCAUGCAAGAAUGGUGCUAAUUGCUUAGACUACACCAAUUAUUUUGUAUGUGCAUGCAUACCAGGAUGGACAGGCAAAUAUUGUGAGACUUUGAUAAACGAAUGUGCCAGCAGUCCUUGUCAAAAUGGUGGUCAGUGCACGGAUUUACUGAACAAGUACAGUUGUAAAUGCACCAUUGGCUUUAAUGGCACUAAUUGUGAGACAAACAUUGAUGAUUGUGCACACCCUAAUCCAUGCAAAAAUGGAGCCACAUGCACUGAUGGUGUUGGAUCAUAUACAUGCACAUGUGCUAGUGGGUUUACAGGAGGUAACUGUGAUAAAGACAUUGAUGACUGUGUCUCAGUACCUUGUAAACAUUAUGGAACAUGUGUGGAUGAAGUGAAUGGCUACUCUUGUCAGUGCACCCCUGGUUAUACAGGAAAUAAUUGUGAAAACCAAGUUGAUGAAUGUGCUAGCAAUCCUUGUAUGAAUGGUGGAAGCUGCACGGAUUUGCAAAAUGGUUUCCGCUGCACCUGUCCACAAGGCACAAGUGGUAAGCAGUUUUAAAGUACAUGUAGUUGUAUUUUGAAUCUUUAGUCUAGGAGAAUGGUUGAUGCAUGGUUUGUCACUUGUAUAUGUUGAGGCCUGAGAAAAAUUUUUACUCUUUCCUACAUCUCAGUAGUGUACAUCAUCUGAGGAGUCACAUCUUAAAAUUGAAGGGAAAAAUUUCCUCCAGAUUAUUUGCCAGCAUAACAAUAAUAUUUUCUUCUGUGUUUUCAAAUAUUUGCACCUUUAACUCUCAUAAGUGACUAAGAGAGAAUUUCUCCUUGCAAUAUCAGUACAACAUCAAGCAGAAAAAAGAUGAGGAUGAAGAAAAAUAUCAAUUAGGGGAUUAUUGGUUGAUCCAAUUCCAAAUUCUUUAAACUAACAUAAAAAUUGUGUGGCAGACAGUAAAGAAGAAUUUUAGGGUCAAGAUCCCAACUUAAUGGUGAUUACAUUGUGCUGUUUAUAUUCUUUUUAACUGAGUUUUUGCACAACAAGUUUUAGAUGGUAACAAUGGCAUUCUGUUUUAAAGGUGUAAGAUGUGAGCACAAUGUUGAUGAUUGCAUUGGAGUGACUUGUGCCAAUGGUGGCACGUGCAUUGAUGAACUCAAUAGCUACAAAUGUGCCUGUCAUCCUGGUUUUUAUGGUGGAAAAUGUGAAAUGAACACUGACGAGUGUCGCUCACAACCUUGUCAAAAUGGUGGCAUUUGUACUGAUGGUGUUGCCCAGUAUCACUGUCAGUGUCCAGCUGACUUCACUGGUUUGUAUUUGUUUUUAGUGUCUCUUAACUCUUCAUUCUUAAGCUCUAACCUGUAUUUGUGAUAUCAUAGUAUUAAGUAAAGAGAUUAUAAGAUGAGAUUAGUCAGUUACAGAUUCUUUUGACCCUUUGACUCCCAGGAGUGACAAGCCAUGAAGUUUUCCUUUUAUUAUCAAUAUAUUGUAAACCAGACAUAGUGGGAAGUAUGCACCUCUAAUAAAGAUAUCCAUAAAACUUUAUUGCUAUAAGAAUCACCAAAUUCUGAGAGAUAAGAUCACGAGAAGUCUAUGGCUGACAAUGUGGAGAAUUAAUAUGUUGAUUGUGAAAGUGGAAGAUAUAACUAAUUCAUAAGGCAAUGCAAAGCAGCCUGAAUGAAUAACUCAGUUUAAGAUUAACUUCUUACGAUACCAGUACAAUUAACAGAAGAACUGAUUACCCAAUCAGGUGAAGAACUCUCCUAAUGCAGCAAUAAAUUCUCUUAUUGUAGUUAAUUUGUAAACAGUAUGGUAAGUGCUUCUCUACAGUGAUACAGAGAAUCCUGAUGCACAUGAACUUGGACGUAAUGUGGUUGAUUUUGUAUUAAUUUCUUUGUAAACUUUUGGAAUUUUAAGGUCGAAGUUGUGAAACCAGAGUUGACAACUGUCUUGGAAAUCAGUGCCAAAAUGGUGCAACAUGCCUCUCUGAGCAGAAUGGCUACUCAUGUCAGUGUGCCCCUGGCUUUAAGAGACAGUUGUGCGAGGUUGACAUUGAUGAAUGUGCUUCCAACCCCUGCAAUCAUGGUGAAUGCAGGGAUGGUCUCAACAAAUAUGUUUGUGUCUGUGACAGUGGCUACAGUGGCACUAAAUGUGAUACCAAUAUUGACGACUGUCAACCUAAGUAAGUGAUUCUACUUUGAGUUUGAAGGAGAGGUCACUUAAUGGCUACCUCAUCUGUUAAAUGGGUAACUGUAUGCUAUUGCAUUUUGAUAUCUAUCUAUCUAUUUUUUGCAGUCCCUGUUUCCAUGGAUCAACUUGUUUUGAUAAAGUAAAUAAUUUUUCCUGUAUGUGUUCUCCUGGUUUCUCUGGGCAGAGGUGCGAGCACCAUAUAGAUGAAUGUAAUUCACAACCCUGCCAAAAUGGUGCAACCUGUGUUGAUGAGAUUGGCUCCUACAGCUGCUACUGCAAGCCAGGCUACACUGGAAGGAAUUGUGAAAGUGUGAUAAAUUGGUGUCAGAGCUCUCCAUGUAAAAAUGGUGGAACAUGUAAACAAGACCCAAAUGCUCUUGAUUUUCAUUGUGAUUGUCUUACAGGAUUUAAAGGUAUAAUUUGUGAUGUGGAAAACAUAACCUGUAACAAUGCUAAGACUAAACUUACAGAUCGAAGUACUGUGUGUUUGAAUGGUGGUACUUGCAUUGAUGAUUACCAGAAUGUGCAGUCCUGUUCUUGUCCUCCUGGCUUUAUGGGAAGCUUCUGCGAAUCGAACAUCAAUGAUUGUGCAAGUGGUCCUUGUAAGAAUGGUGCUCAGUGCUCUGAUGGUGUAGCAAACUAUACCUGCAGUUGUGCGAGAGGAUUUGCUGGUGACGACUGUGAAACAAAUAUCGAUGAUUGUGCUUUAAACCCAUGUGACAAUGGUGGCACUUGCAUUGAUCUUGUAGAUGGCUUUAUCUGCUCUUGUCCUGUUGGAUAUGUUGGCAACAGGUGUGAACAGAAUCCUAAUGAUUGCUUGAUAUCUAGUACUGCCUGUUUCAAUGGAGGACAUUGUGUGGAUGGCCUGAAGGCUUUCUCCUGCCAAUGUGCUGCAGGAUAUUCAGGAGUGCGUUGUGAGGUUGACAUCGAUGAAUGUGCAUCCAAUCCUUGCUCUGCACUUGGGACUGAAAAGUGUUAUUCUUUGCCUAAUAAUGAUUACAGUUGUAAGUGCAAGAUGGGAUUUCUUGGGAAAAAUUGUCACAUCGAUAUCAACGAAUGUUUGUCAAAUCCCUGCCAAAAUGGAGCUGAAUGCAAGGAUGGGGCUGGGAAACAUAUCUGCCUCUGCCGGAUGGGAUAUUCAGGGCUAAACUGUGAGCGCCGUGUUUACUCAUGUUCAGAUGAUCCUUGCUUGAACAGCGGCACCUGCUUGACGCAUACAAAUGGUAGUUUUCGUGUGCUUGUGUGGAUGGGGUAAAAGGAAAAAGCUGUGAAUGGAAUCUGGACGACUGUCUUGCCGCACCUUGCCAGAAUGGAGGAACAUGUGUGGAUUUGUUCAGUAACUAUGAGUGCAAGUGCCCUGUGGGGUAUACUGGAAGAAACUGUGAGCAGGAGAUUAAUGAAUGCCAAAGCAAUCCCUGCAAGCACAAUGGUACAUGUGAAGAUAUGAUGGGCCAUUACAGAUGCAAGUGUCCAGGUAAAAAGUGAUUUCAGGGAAUACAUUUUUAAGGCAUUAUUGGUACAGGGAGGGGGAUAUGAGGGUUGGGGAAAGAAAAGCGUGUUGACCUGAAGGAUAUGAGACAUUCAUCUUGGAUUCGUUUUAACCCUUUAACUCCCACGAGUGACCAAGACAGAAUUUCUCCUUACAAUAUCAAUACAAUUUUAACCAGAUAAAUGAUGAGAAAAAAGAAAAUAUCAAUUAGGGGAUAAUUAGUUGAUCCAAUACUAAAUUCUCUGAACUAACAUUAUAAGGAUAGUAUGGUUGACAGUAAGGAGAAUGACAAAUUUGAUCUGGGAGUUAAAGGGUUAAUGAAAUGACAACUACUUUUAACCCUUAAACUUCAAUGAAUGAUUGAGACAGAAUUUCUCCUUUCAAUGUCAAUGUGAUAUCAAGCAGGCAAGUAAUGAGAACUAGGUGGACUGUCAAUUUGGGGAUUCUUUGUUGAUUCAACAGUAAUUUCUCCCAACAUCAUAAGAAUUGUAUUUCAGACAGUAAGGAGAAUUACAUGUACUAAUGAGAUCUUAGGAAUGGAGGGGUGAAAACGUUUCAUUGCUCCAUAGAGCUUCGCCAAGUUUAGAAGCCAGUUUAACUCUUUAACUCACAAAAGAUAAUAAAUUUUUUUCCUUUGUUGUCUUUCCUGCUUCAUAUCUCCAAACAUUAUCCUUCAGUUGGUGUGUUUUCAUUUUAGAUUCUCAUCUACUUGACAGAGAUUUGGCGUUUUGAUCACUCGUCAGAGACAUAAUGUCCACUUCAACAGACAUGAUUUAAUUGUAUUUAUUUAUUUUUUUUUUCCAUUCAGUUGGCUUUAACGGGACCGACUGCGAGGAAGAAGCGAAAUGCCCAUAUUCGUAUUGUAAAAAAACAUUUGUACCAGGAGGGACUUGUAACGUAAGCUUAUCAAAUGGAUUUAAAACAAAAUUGCAGAAGUUUGAAUUUUUUUGUUCUUAACUUUUUCGUGUAUAGCCAUUCUUCGUAGUAAUGUCUUACGCUUUUUGUUUUAAUUCAGGAAAGUUGCAACACUCACUCUUGCAACUGGGACGGGACUCUUUGUUCCCUUGGAAUACAACCAUGGAAGAAUUGCUCUGUAUUAACAGCAAGUGGAGAAUUUUGCUUCAAAGUGUUCCAAAAUGGAAUAUGCGACAAGCAUUGCAACAAAGCUGAAUGCCUUUUUGAUGGAUUUGACUGCAAUGCACCCAAGGAAGAAUGCAGGUAUUUACGAAAUAUUGCUAUUGCAAAACUGAUGCAAAAUAGCUAAUUCUUAAAUUAAGUUCAGGAGUCAGAAAAAAAUAAAACGAUCACGUUGCAAAAGAAGCUUAUUUUUUACUUCCUUACGUACUAUUUUGUAUUUGUUUGCAUUACAGCAAUGAUGAUUAUUGCAAGUCACGCUUUGAGAAUGCAAUAUGCGACACGGUGUGCGACAGUGAAGCUUGUUUGAAAGAUGGCCUGGACUGCGAGACUGGAAAACCGGAACCGGUGGGUGAAAUCACUAAUAGCUGUUUCUGCAGAAUAAUCAGACAGUCGUUAUUGUGAUAAAAUUAGUACCUUGGUUCUCCACGUGAAUAAUAUCGAGUUUCAGUCAAAAGUAGGCUUUUGACGUUUACCUAUUCGUGAAACGAAUCGAAGUCAUAAAAAUCUGUUGAAAAAAACCUUUUCUCUCUCUUUAAGGGCGAAGGGACGCUUAUACUAGUGUUGAGGGUGCCUCCAGAAGUUUUCCGCAAUGGCUCAAGAAUAUUUAUGAGGGAACUUUCUGCCGUUUUGAACACCAUUGCGUUUAUCAAGCGUCUAGGAAAUGAGGAAAUGAUAUAUUCCUUUGAUCUUAGAACGCGUAAACGUCGCCAAGUUGUUCAUCUGCGUGUUGUUCGAGCGGCAGACGGAACAGGGUAAGGAAAACGAUUAUGUUUCUCUUUGAUUGCGGAUACUUGCGUGCAGGAGGCGUUUUCACUCUGAAUGCUUCGAACUGGCGUGCCGUGGAACAAACUCGUAGACUUAUCUUUUGUUUCUGUUUAUGUUCCUGCCCGCCAUGUAAACCACUACAACAUUCCCUUUUGUAUAAUGUGUUUUGUAAAAGAUAGUCGAAACUUCUGUGGACAGAUGUUCUCGUUACAAGAGAGAAUCAGUGUCUGCUACCAUAAGUAUCUUUUUACAUGACUUACCCCAUGGCCGGACUAUUGCUGUAUAUUUUCUUGAUCGAAAUUUCAACCGUUCAAUGCUCCAGUUCUUUACCAUACAACUGAACUGACUUCUUCCCACGUUGAAUUCUGUUGACGUCACUGACUUCCCUCUCUCUUGUCUCUAAAGGACGAAAGUGCACGUACAGCUUGACCAACGAGGUUGUUCAGGACCAGCGUGUAUCUCCACAGCCAGCGAAGUAAGUCUUUUAUUUUUUUUGUCUAAGGUUGUUCUUGGUUCCCUAUCAGUGCUAACCUUGUCCUGUUUUAUGCGAUUUUAGGCGGCCCGCUACCUAGGUGCGUUAAAGUCGUCUAAUAAGCUGGAUCUACCCUAUCCUGUGUACAGAGUGGAAGGUUGGAACUCUUGUGUUCUUUUGUUAUAAUUGUUAUCAUGAUUAUGAUUAUCGUUAUCAUUACCAUUAUCAUCAAUAUUAUUAUUAUUAUUAUUAUUAUUAUUAUUAUUAUUAUUAUUAUUAUUAUUAUUAUUAUUAUUAUUAUUAUUAUUAUUAUUAUUAUUAUUAUUAUCAUUUUUACUACUGCUAUUAUUGUUUUUGUUGUUAUUAGUGUUUGUUUGAGGGCUCUGCCAUCUUAUUAGUGUCUCGGGUUAUCAGCCGUCAUCGAGUCAAGAUUUGUUUAAUACUAAGGGCCUGUUCCACAUGUGCCAAGGAUUCCCUAGUGGUAGUAGUUCCAAUUAUCUUCACAUAGUUUUGGCCGUGCAUUUAGCUUUUCGUUUUUACAGGACGUCUCAUUUUGAGCGAAACAGAAAGCGAGAGAUAAUUGUAAUCUGAUCGCGCUUCUUAAAAACGCUUUGAAUGUUGCGUAGCGACUCACGGAAACUUACCGGUUUACACUUGCGUACUGCAUGCGUUUAUCUGACGUAGUGUCGUUGUUUUAAAUGUUUCAUUUUUGUGUUUUAUUUAGUGGAGGACUCCUCUUCAACUUCAUCACCGCCUGUUUCUGGAACUAAACUGUCACCACUUUACAUAGCCAUUCUGUGUGUAGUUAUCCCACUGCUUCUUGUGGGAGGGUUGUUGGGUGGCAAGAAAGUAUACGCCAAGCUAUGGGUACCAGAGGGCUUUCCUAUAUACCGGUCCCGGCGCCAGCCGUCUACCAGACGUGAUCCUGUAGGGCAAGAAGUCUCCAUGAGGUGAGUAUAUUUGGUGAUCAUAAGAUGAUCUCUAGGAUCAAGAAAGUAAAGCUUGUUAGGGGAAAUGAUGAAGUGGAAAUUCAUUUUGAUUUUGCUGUUUUCCUUUCACGGAAGAUCGAUGAGCAAGAGUUCGUCAGAAAUUGAUGAAGAGGGUGCAUGCGCCGACGGCGAGAGCAGCCGUUCAGACCUGACUCCUCCCAGAGAAUCAAAACGCGUUAAGCUGGACAACGGUGAAGACUCGCGAAAGUGGACCUCACUUCAUAAGCAAGCGGCGGACGUAACUGUGCGCAACUGCGCGUUGGCUUUGACUCCUCCUCAGGAGGGAAGCGGCGAAAGAGGGGCACCGGGCGUAGACGUGGAUGCUAGAGGCCCAGGUGGAAUGACAGCCCUUCACUUGGCAUCCUGCCGUGGAACUUACGGUGAUGGCAGCAGCCUUGAUGAUGACAAAGACAGUGAUGACAGUGGAGGGGCCAUGGUGUCGGAUCUACUGUCCCUUGGGGCAAACUUUGUUUCCAAGACGGACCUGGAAGAGACGCCGCUUCAUCUUGCUGCCCGGCACUCAAGGGCGGAUGUGGCGAAACGUCUGUUGGACUACGGAGCAGAUGCGAACGCACGGGACCGUCUCAACCGCACGCCCCUCCAUUUGGCCAUCGGAGCUGAUGCACAAGGUGUCUUCCAGGUAAAUAACACUUAGUAUUCACCUUGAUUUAGGAAAGCAAGUGUUAUCCAACAAAAUUCCAUUCAUCAUCAUCUAGCAUUCUCGCGAUGUUUCCUAUUCCAAAAUGAUUUAAUUUUUUUUUUCUCUGAUAUCUCUGACCGACUUCAUUUCUCCGUGCAUUCAGAUCUUGUUAAGGAAUCGUGCCACAGACCUCGAAGCCCGAAUGGACGACGGUACCACUCCGCUUAUCCUUGCCGCAAGACACGACCUUCCAGACCUGGUGCGGCACCUCAUCAAAGCCGGAGUGAAGGUUAACAGUGCUGACAAUCAAGGUGAAUUCCUCACCCCCAUUUUCCGUUUCUGAAAUAGGAUAGAUUUAAACAUUCGUAUCGAAUUCUGACAGCUUGAAUGUUUCCAAUAGGGAAAACGGCUUUGCAUUGGGCUGCGUCAGUGAACAGCCUGGAUGUUACCAAAGAGUUGUUAAGAAAUGGCGCUAAGAAAGACGCGCAGGACGAAAAGGUUAGUUUAAUUCACAUUUAUUUUUCAUGUGAGCUUGGUUCGCAGGAGGCAGAGGAGCUUUAUUUGACUGCAUAUCUAGUCAAAUUCACCGGACAUUUGCAACGCAAAUUGAUCGUUGAAGUCGACGAUACAUGCGGUCAUUUUAUGUGGCUGUUGAACUCCUAUGCGCAAGGUAUUGUGGGUUUUUCACCAGUGGCCCAUCGUGGCUUGCAGGGAAAGCUAUUCUCGCUGACCGUGCCUGUAUGGAAAAGGUUCCCUUGUCGUUCGCAGCAGCCAGGGGAUGGAUUUAAGCGGGUGCGUAACGCGAUCGUUGAAGUCGCACUGCAAUUGUAGGGUGAAUUUAAAAGGAAUACAACAGUCAAAGAUAACCCUUUUCUGUUUUAAUUUUUUUGUUUUGUUACGGUGAUUGGUGUUAAAGUUUUUUUUAAUCCAUUUCUAGGGUCAAACUCCGUUGUUCCUGGGUUGUCGUGAAGGCAGCGUACAGACCGUGAGACAUCUUUUAGUGAAUUAUGCCAACAGGAAAGUUGCCGAUUCUAUGGACAUGACACCUGAGGAUAUCGCUAAACAAAGACAUCAUCAAGACAUUGUCGAAUUGCUAACGGAUUGGUCACUUGGCUGUAACUCGCCUAAUGCAGUUCCAGCCCCUACUUCACUCCCCGAGGGGCAAAAUUCGUCCAUGGUUAGCAUAGCAUCUCCUCUGGCAACAUCGCCACCAACUGUCGAAAUUCCGAAUGGUAGCGCAGCAGCCAUGGUACAACAAUUCCAUGUGGCGCAUCCAAAGGCCACAGUGAGUAGAACGCCUGGGUUGAGACCCAGACCGAGCGCAGCCGGGAAUAAUGAUAACAGUAAUGCAAAGAGGAAGCGAAAAAAGGCGCGGCCAGAGAGGAAGUACACCCGUCUGUGAGUGUCGUCCCGACGCUCUCACCUGCUGGGUUCAUGCAUGUUGUAACGUCCUGCACCCCUGGACAGCAACAGCAGCAGGCGUUUUCGCCAAAUUGUGUGCCAAUCACGAACGGACUCUCGCCGUUAGGGAGCAUUUCUCCCGGCAUAUCUCCCGGCAUAUCUCCUGCGGAUUCAACUACGCUAUCACCUUUUCAAGCUCAAAAUUCGUUGGAUGCACAACCGCCUUCACCGCUAGAAAUAUUAUCACCCGAUGACCUAGCCGGGUUGGAAGAGGUUGACCUUGAUUGGAGUUUAGUUGACGCUCUAGAUGAUCCUACGGAUAUGUCCAUAUGCGGGUUUACCAUGAACACAUCUUUAGGGCAGGGGACCGCUAUGGACCACACUGUACCCACUACAUCAGACUGUCUGUACAUGCCCGUCAGGCCAAUAGAGGGUCAAAGACUCUACUCGGUGCAUAGCACACCGGACUUACCUUGUGUCGGUCUGCAACCUUCCGACUCUCGAUCUUUAGUCUUUAACGGAAGAACUUGUCAUUCGGCGCAGAAGGCGCCUCCACCGAUCUCUCAACAGGCUGCAUUUCAGGCCAUCACUAACUCCAACAUGUAUUCCCACGCCGGUGGCGUUGGCGGAUUAGGAAACGGCCUGUCGUUUAGGAAAGACUACCAAAAUGACGAUUAUUCGAUGCGCCAUCAACAAUUGCAACAUAUGCCGCAUCAGCUUGUCUUUCCGGCCGACGAAAUGGCUCCUGUACAUACACAAGUGCGGUUCAUGAAUAAUUACGACUCGUCGCCGCAAAAGUAUUUAUCAUCUUUCCCGACCCCCUCACCUGAUUCGCCGGGAGACUGUUCAUCAUCGUCAUCAUCGUCCUCGUGCUAAUCAAUUGAUUUCUGUACUAUUCGUGUUUGUUAUGAUUGGGUUUUUUUAAGAUCGUCAUGAGAGUCGUCACAAUACAUGCUACGCUCAGUUAUUUUCUAUUGUAUUCUUGGUUUAUUAAUCGCUAAGCGUAUUU